CUCAUUUUUCACCUCGUUUGUAUUCGUCUUUCGUCCUUUCUUCUAAUGAACACUGCAUCUAGAUUGAUGCUCUGCUUGUGACCGCGACUCCUCUAUUAAAUAAAGAGCCAACGCUUUCAUGAGCCUGGCACCAUUUAAAUCAUUAGGGAAUAGCGCUGCAGCUAUGACCGUUUGCAUUGGUCUCGGGAAUUCCGUCCCAAAAUCAGCACUUGAUAAGGUUGUAGCCCUUGGUAUUUGUACUUCCUUUAAAUUCAACAUUCUUAUGGUUACAAUUGGGAAAAUGGCCGCUAUUCUGGACAACGUUAGUACAUCAUUUCCACCUUUUGCAACAUUGUUUCUCAAUUGAUAAAACUGCUUUAGCGUUUUCAAUCUGGUUUUUCCUACUUCAUUUGUACGCAACAACAUUUUAUCAAUGUUGUUUCCUCGAGUUAAAAAUAGGAUAACCAUUGAUAACACGUCUUUCCGUAUAUCAUCUUUGGUUCUUCCAGCCAGAGUUCCCCUUGAGUAUAAGGUGUUCAUGAGACUAGUCACAUUCAGCCCCUGGUACUCGAAUUCGUUUAAUGCCUUCUUAAUGUCUUCGAUAAAAUCCUGGCCAUUAAUCAAUUCAGAGACGGCAAGCAUCUCAGCUCGAAUUGAUUCAAUGGUCUCAAACGUGGUGCUCAUGGUUGGUGAUUUCAGUUCAGAUGGUUGAAGAGUAGUCUUAGAAAUGUCGAUGGGCCUAUAUUUGGGAAUGAACAUACAAUGUUAAAAUAUCAAUAUAUAAUAUAUGUGUUCUGUACCUCUAACUAUUGGGCUCUACUGGUUAGUUCUUACAAUAUGUUUAAAGUAUGUGUGUAAUCUAGUAAAUUACAAUAAUAACUAAAUAGUGGUUUUAAAUGGAAUUAAAUUCUCAAAAAUGCCUAGCAAACUUGCUAACUCAAACUCAACUAAUAUGGAAACUAAGAAGUAAACAGGAGUUUUACAUUAAGGUUAUUCAAAUUUGAGGCUGACUUUGUGCCUACGAGAAAAUCUGGUAUCUGGCAUUAGAUAUCCCACCCCAGGAGGCAGCUCCGAGUGCUGAGAAUGAAUCAGCAGUAUCAACUAGUAAAUCUGACCUCAAUUCUUUUCCUUCGGAAAUGCCUCAAGUGACCCCCGAGGUGUAUCCGGCGCGAAUGUAUAUGAAUGUUAAUAUUGCGUGUACAUCUGAAAGCGGUACCAAGGUUAAAGCGAAUCAGGCAGGUUUACGCUAUUUAAAAAUAAACAAAAGACAGAAUGGAAUCCGCACAUGGACGGAUUAGAAAAUAUCGAUUUUGGAUGGGACAAGAAGGAAGAUUUGGGAGUACUCUCACAUUUCGAAGAUUCAUGAAAUAUUUUUUCGUUUUCACAUACUCGCAGUAAGAUGGAUAUAAUCGUGAAUUUCCAAUUGAGUUAUUGUGACGUUUUGGCAAAAGUUUUAGGUAAACUAGUGAUAGCUCAAUAAUGUGCGAUUUAACGAAAGAGGACAGCUAAGACAUUUUCUUUCACUCUCUUGGUAUCUGGAAAAUGAUUACAAAGAUCGAAAGGGAAAAUUCCCUGUACUGGAGCCGCUAUUGUCAACGUAACAUUGACAACAAAAAAUUGUGAACCUAGCUUGGUAUAAAACACACAAUGAUUUGAGUUUUAUGCUGAAACUUGGUAAAUUCUACCACGAAAUGGGGUGCAUCAAUUCAAAAAGGGAUAUCAAUGAUGUGCAUUCGAAUAUAUUCCACGUGAUAAACAUAGACGACGAUGGAACCCCUUUAUGGAGUGGUCAGCUGGAGGUAUCACGUACUGAAUUGAAAUUACACAGAAAAGGCAAAGAUCCCACAACUUGGCCGCUGAAAUGCCUCAGGAGAUAUGGCUGUAACGUAGAUCAGUUCAGUUUUGAAGCUGGGCGGAGAUGCACCACAGGAGAAGGUAUUUACGCAUUCAAAUGUCGCAGAGCGGAAACACUGUUCUACACGGUACAGUCUUACAUCAAUGGAAGGAUUUACAGUGAUGAAAACACGAAUCCAAAUGACCCUUACCCGAUUCCAGUUGCAUCGUCCGGCCCUUCUGUAGCAGCAAGAAGUGUAUCGCAAAACAAUACCGCCACGAGGAAUAGUCAACAAAAUGCAACUGGAACCGGUAUCUAUAUUAUAAAUCGCACUGGAAUAGCUACUAGUCAAUCGUUAAGCCCGAAUGGAACGAUUCAUUCUAAUUCGAAUCAAAGCCGCAGUACAGAUACACUCCCCAUCGAGGCAAACUAUCUUGAGCCUACUCCAAAUAGGCCUACUGGUCAACCCCAGACAGUCACCACGCGAUUUCAGCAGGGAUUGAGAUUGAGUUCUGUUAGUAGUGGACCCGUCAGUCCAGAUGUGACUUCCCCAGGAUCACCUAAUAGUGUAACCAAUAUAUUAGAAGUUACCACACUGAACCCUUUACCAACCAAUAAUACUUCUGGUGGCACGCAUGGUGUCAGUAAUUUAUACCAGGAAUUUCCAAUGAAAGAUAGCGCAAAUGCUAGUAGUAUACAACCUUUGGUAAACCGAUUGUCAUUAGAUAUCCCACCGCUGUCACCACAUGCGGCAAAGCUUUUACCCGAGCGGCGAGAGGGGUAGUGUUUUUCGAAGCACUUUAUAACACACAAAUUUUCUUUUUUUUUCCUUUAUUUCCUUCUAAUAAAAUUUUUUCACUUUACUGUUUUAACUUGCCUACAGCACCUAAUUUGGUGCCUGACCUGAUCUCUGCGGUAAUCACUUCUAACUAUUCUUUUCUUAACUACUGCUUUGGCCUGAGUAAUGGUAUCCAAGUUUGAUUACGGUGUUACCCCGUCGCACAAGGAGCAUUACUCUUCAGUAAGGUUAAAGAAAAGAGCCCUGCCUAAACCAAAAACCGACCCUUUUAUACUCCAACCUAUGUAACUACCAAAAAC